AUGUCAGUAAGGCGGAAGUACCGGGUAGAGGCUGUAAACUUCUUUAUAAAUCCAUGCUGUAAACAAGAGUGUGUUCUUCCCGAAUGCGACUCGUUUUGGAAAGGUGUGAUCAUGUCGAAGCAGCCGUUGGGGAAGACGUUGCUGAGGAAUGUGAUCCGACACACAGAUGCUCACAAUAAGAUCCAGGAGGAGACAGAGAUGUGGAAAAUGCGAGGCUGGGAGGUCCACAAACAUUUGCCAGAUACAAAGAAUGCGAGGGGGCAAAUGCACUGUGAUCGAGUGUCGGAUCAGCCUAGAGACCUGAGUCGAAGCAGAGAGCGAGUCUCAGAACAUGAUGACCGAGAUGCCCGGUAUUGGAGUCGCAAACUGUAUGAAUUUAAGGCCAGUGAUCCCGACAGGUGGGGACAUAGUGGCUUCAAGGAGCUUUAUCCCGAGGAGUUUGAAAGCGACAGUGAAAAAAGCAGGUCCACAAGAAAGGUCGGGCGCCACAAAAUGAAAAAGUCCAAGUCUGACAUGGAAGCAAGCCUAUCAAAACGAUCAAAAAAAUCCUCUCGAAAGAAGAAAAAGAAAAAGAAGAAAGAGGAGGAGGAGAAGCGUAAGAAAGAGGAGUGCUCAAGCAGCGACAGCAGCAGCGAUGACAGCAGUGCUACUAAAGACAAGCAGCAGAGGAAAAAGACCAAAAGUCGACAUAAAAACAAGAAAACAGAAAGAAACAGAGGGAGAGACGACGACGGCAGCUCGGGCGACAGUGAUGGCGAAGAAGAAAGGGAGAGAAGGACUCACAGGCGCAAAAAGCGAAAGCAGGACUCCCAUAAAGACUCAAACUAAAAAAAAAAGAAGACAAUAAAAGCUGGAAAGCAGCAGGUGAGGAGAGCUUGGGUGAUAGUUCUGGAGACUGAAAGACAUGGACAGACACACGGCUCAGCUAACCACUGCAGAUUCCUUUGUUCGUCACUUCACAAAGGGCUUUUCUCCGCAGGGCCGUUCUGUAUUGUCCUUUGGUAGACAUCAACAAACCUGUGCUGUCAGCCUUCUCUGUGUAGUGAUGCCUCAUCCACCUCCGCAGCAGCUUGAAGCACACUGUACGGCGGUGCAUGCAGCAUGAAGAGACACCACCUGCCUCAUCACGGAUUCUGUCAGCUGCAGGAUCAUUGAUUGAUCAUAGACUCUCUCCUCAAACUGUCUGCCUCAUGCGGGGGACCGUCUGUCCUGAAUUGACCACCGGUUUUUUUUUUUAUUGCACAUUUUAUUUAAGAAACCAGACAAAUUAAGACGCUCUCCUCACCAAUUAUGGAAGAAUGUGCAUUUGCUUUUAUGCAUUUUUAUUUGUGGAAAUGUGCAUGCAGGAAAUUGUCAUAGUUAAAAAAUAAACAUCUAUUUUGCUGUUUUUAAUAAAAUGUCGGAAUAUCAUUUUUUAAAACUAUAUGUCUGGUGAUUUUCUUUGUCAACAAAA